AAAUACUCACCUCCUAUAAUCUUUUCAAUAUCAACCAAACCCAAAAUCCUACUUAAAACUACUUAGUAGAAAAUGGCUUCUAAGAAAACCACCUGCCUUGCUCUCUUUCUUCUUGUAAACAUUCUUUUUUUCUCUCUUGUGAGUGCAUCGUCUAAACCAACGCCAAAGCCGCCAACGCCAAUGCCGAUGCCGACGCCGAUGCCGACGCCAACGCCUGUGCCGACGCCGACGCCAACGCCAACCCCGAGCCCCAGCUCCCAAGACAAGUGCUCUAUUGAUACUCUCAAAUUAGGUGUUUGUGCUAAUGUUCUUGGCAAUUUACUUGGAGUUAUAAUUGGAAAUCCAUCAAAGAAACCUUGUUGUUCUCUCAUUCAAGGACUUGUUGAUCUUGAUGCUGCUCUUUGUUUAUGCAUUGCCAUUAACGCAAAUGUUCUUGGAAUCAACCUUAAUGUCCCUAUUUCUCUAAGCCUUCUUCUCAAUGCUUGUGAUAAAAAAGUUCCAUCUGGCUUCCAGUGUCCUAAUUGAACAACCUAGCUAUGCAUUUCUCAUGUAAGGAUAAUUAUAUUCCAGUGUGUGGUAAUUAACUCUUUGUUGUUAUGGUUGUGUAAUAAGUGGAAUUGAUCGAGUAUCUUGAAAUAAGUUCCUCUUUGAAUUUCAUAA